CCCAAAGACUUUAAAAAAAGUGUUAACAAGUUAUGUUCAAGAAAAAAACAGAUUCGGGGAAAGAAGAGGCAGCCAGAGAAGGAUACUGAUAGUUUGCCACAUCCUACAUGCAAGAAACCGAAAGUUGCCGAUCCGGAAAGCAUUGAACAGGUUGUGGCAGGAUGUAUGUCCAGAGGUAAACUUGUCGUUGGGAACGUGUCACUAACAACCAGUGACUUGCAGAAGCUGUCCCCGGGAGAAUGGCUAAAUGACAAGGUGAUUACAGCAUGCCUGGAGAUGCUAAGUAAGCUCCAUCCGGGUGAGGUAUUUCCUCUCCCCUCCCAGCUAGUACUCAUGUGGGAGAGACAGAGAUCUCCAGGCUGGCUCUUCGAGAAGAUCUGCUUUGCAAGCUACAAAUACUUGCUUCUGCCAAUAUGCCACCACUCCCACUGGAUGCUGCUGGUGGCAAACGUACAAGAAAGGACCGUUGGCAUCCUAAACUCAAGCAGUUUGUUCGACAAAUACACCGGACAGUUCAUUCCCAAGUGGCAGGAAUACAUGAGACGUCGCAGCCUCGAGGUGGAGCCACAGCUGGCUUUGUGGCAACCUGUUCACAUGACCAGCAACAGGCAGGCCGAUGGUAGCUCUUGCGGAGUGUUUGUGCUGAUGAAUGCAGAGUCCCUCGCAUGCAAUCGUGAUCUCGACAGUAUGGGACAGGAUGACGUCCCAGCUUUCCUGUUGGGGGUUAAGAAGCAACUUGCUGACAACAGCGACGCUGUCGAUGCGAGAUGUGCGAGGCUUGAACAUUGCUCGGCUCCUGAGGCAUGUUCCUGGCUGCAGUGUGACAACUGCCACCAGUGGCUCCAUUUUGAGUGCGCUGGCCUCACAAAGAAGCCACGUGGCUCCUUCAUUUGCCUGCAAUGUGGGAAGCGUAUUCAACUGAGCCACUGUGACAGUCACAUCAACAAUGUCAAGACCCCCCUUGAGGUGGACGUUCUGCAUGCAAGGAGGCAAAACCUGGAGAAGCGCAUUGUUGAGUACAUCCAAACGCAACAGGAAGCCGAAGAUCACCUGGCUGGCAUUUAUGAGGGAAUAAUACCGUCCAGAAGGCACAGUUACUUCUUCAGCAAGUUCAGCGCUGUGCGUAACACACUGGAGGGCCAGGGGAUUGGAUACAUAACGAAUGAAGAGCUGAGCGAAGAGCUGUUUGGGUGGCUAACAGCCCUCCACCAGAGGUAUGCCAAUCGAGAGGUACCUGACACAAAGUAUGUCGCAUGUGUACUGAUGCCUGAGGUGAGUGCCUCCUAUGUUGUAUUCAUACAUUACCCUGACAGGUUGACAACUAAUGACGCACAAUCUACGCGUACAUCAACACAGAUUGUUUGA